CCAGAUCAGCCAGGUCCCUUAUCAAAGGGAUAAAUAGUAACUAACUAGUGACAUCCCGCUUAAUAAGCGGCUUGGAGGCCGUAGGGCACCAACUUGGCGCGGGAAUUUCUACCAUCCGAAUCGUGCGGACAAUCGGACAAUCCCCACAUGGCAUCUGCUAACUCCGUCCAUGGAACUCCCGUGCACCGGAGAUGCACCUCGUAUAGGGUUCGAUUUAGGCUGUAGCCACAGGACACUCCGCCGGCCGCCCCCUGAAGCGCACCCUCGCAAACUCCGGUUUCGGGGAAUACAGUAUUUGGCGGCCCAAGCUGAGCUCGCCCUUCGCAUCUGAUAAGAUUAGAUCAGUUCCCCUGCUUCUCCUUUUCUACGAUUCUUUGUUUACUCCCACCCGAUCUCGUGCCAAUCUGCCAUUUUGAAUCGGAAUAGCUACAUCUUAUUCUCUUGUGGCAAAAGAUAAGACGCAACAUGGCGUUCGACAUGCUCAAGAUCAUUAUACACGGCAUAAGCUGGUUCAUCCCCUACAUGUUCCGCACCGGCCUCCUAAGCCUCUACGCCAUCUACCACUUCUACACAUACACGGCGACCGAGAGCCCAAAGCACAUCGUCGUGAUCGGCGGCUCAUUCGCAGGCCUUCAACUCGUCAGACGACUCACGCAGACUGUACCCAAUGGAUACAAGAUAAUCUGGAUCGAGAAGAACUCGCACCUGAAUUACGUCUUUGCGUUUCCUCGAUUUUCAGUCGUCCCUGGGCUCGAGGAACGCGCGUUUAUCCCAUAUUCAGCCGUCGAAGCAGGCGCACCGAAGGGCUCUCUUCGCCGGGUCCAGGGUACUGUGUCCUGGGUCAAUAGGGAAGCACAGAAAAUCGCCCUAGACGGCGGCGAGGAAAUCCCAUUCGAGUACCUCGCCAUCGCAACAGGCUCAACACAGCCCCUCCCCGUGCGAGUUCAAUCCACCGAGCGGAACGACGCAUGCGACGAACUUCGCGCCGUCCAAGCCCACAUCAAGGCGAGCCAAAAGAUCGCGAUCCUCGGCGGUGGCGCCGUGGGCGUCGAGCUCGCGAGCGAUAUUAAGGAUUUCUAUCCCGGCAAGGAUGUCACCCUUGUUCAUUCGAGGGACGUCUUGCUCAAUCGGUUUGGGCCGAGGCUCCAGGAGUAUGCGCUGCGUGCGUUACGAGAUGAGCUUGGGGUUAGAGUUUUGCUCGGGGAGAGGCCGGUUUGCCCCACUGCGUAUGGAAAAGGGAGUUUGGCCAGGGAUGCGAGGUUGGUGUUUCGUGAUGGGCAGGUGGAGGAGUUUGAUCUUGUUAUCGGGUGUACAGGCCAGCGCCCAAACUCACACAUUCUCGCAAUGUCAUACCCGGAGUCGAUCUGCGAAAAGACGUCACGUAUUCUUGUCUCGCCGACCCUACAGACGCUUAUUUCCGACGCCCGCACAAACGCGACUACGAUCCCAACCGCAACCCCCAACCUCAAACCUUGCGACCGGAUAUUCGCCCUCGGCGACGUAGCCGCACACACGGGGCCCCUAAUGGGCCGCGCGGGAUUUAUGCAGGCUGAAACUGUCAUCCAGAAUAUCCUGAGCCUGAUAAAUGGUCGCCCCUCGACGAAGAUCUACAAACCGAACUGGUUUAUCGAGGGCUCGACCAAGCUCACAUUGGGGAAGGCGCAUCAUGCGACUUAUUCCCGCAUUGCGGGUGAAGGCGGGACCGAGGUGAUGAUUGUCUCGAGAAAGGGCAAGGAGGAUUUGGACAUUGGCAUGGCAUGGAGGCAGUAUGGGGUGAGUGGGGAGUUUGAGAGGGUCAAGGGUGGGAAGUUGGAUUAGGAUUCUGUCGUACUUGUUUUCGUGGGCCGAUUGACGCUGCGGUGCCGACCUAUCCUCCCCUUUGUGCUUUUUCAGCGGGCAGGGCUGCGUCGGGCGUUCUGUGCAGAGUGAAUGGCACUAUGCCUCCGCCAUUUAAGGAGGCCAAGGAUUGAGUCAUUGUUGCUAUGUUGCACAUAUUUAGCAUCAGCGAGCUUGAAGACAGAGCUCCAGUACAAAAACCUUCUUUCUCUAACAAUC